CACUCACGUCUGCACUCAGUGAGAAUCUCAGGACGCACAACAUCUCUCUGGAUAUUACAGGACACCGAACCGAACCGCCUGGAUGUGCAAUAUGACUUUUGAAGACACCAGUGGGGAUAAUUCAACAGAAAGGAUGGAAUCGGUGGCUAAAGCACUAGAGGAGGUCCUGAGCUCUGCAUUGCCUCAGGGUUGCAUCACCGUCGGAGUCUAUGAGGCAGCAAAGUCACUAAAUGCAGAUCCAGACAAUGUGGUGUUGUGUCUACUGGCCACAGAUGACGAGGAGGAUGUGGCUCUGCAGAUUCACUUCACCUUGAUCCAGGCGUUCUGCUGCGAGAAUGACAUCAACAUCCUGCGGGUUAGCAACAUGAGGCGUCUGGCAGAGAUCCUCGGUGGAGUGAAGCCCGGGGGAGAGCCCAUGGACCUGCACUGCAUUCUAGUUACAAAUCCUCAGUCGUCCCUGUGGAAGGACCCAGCGCUGAGCAAAGUGAACAGAUUCUGCAGAGACAGUCGCUGUUUGGAUCAGUGGGUUCCUGUCAUCAACCUUCCCGACCGAUGAAACGGCUUGGAAUAUUAAUGUAUUGUGUGCAUUGGGGAAAAAGUAAUUGCACAAGGCCUGUGUUAAUGUCUGUGUUGGACUCGUUUGGAAAUCGCCCCAGAGAGAGAGAGGGAGAGAGAGCGGCGGGAAAAUCAGGAAACAAAAAGAACACAGGGAGGAGAGAGGCGUUCCAGCAAAUCCACCCUGGCAGGGUGAACUCGUGGGCCAAGGAAGAGUGACUCAGCAGUCUGGGUUUCCAGGAUUUCCAACGUAUGACUGCGCCUUUCUCUGCCGAGAAGGAGUCCUUCAGGGGAAACUGAAUCAUGUGAGCCGACGAGCACACGUGACGGCGAGCAGAAGAGCAGGGACUGAGGGGAAAGCUGACAGAGAGCGCCUCAGUGGACAAGACUCCAAGAACUGGACCACGCUGGAGUGGAUCCGUCAGCUCGAAGAAUUCCUCAUGAAAAAUUUGACCAAAUCCGAGCAUUUCUUUAACAGCACAUUUAUUUAAUAGUAUUUAAGACUUGUCACUUUGAUAACUCAAAAGGGAAAGUUUUCUCACUUUAUUAUUAAUAUUAUUAUUUGAAGGGCAAUGCAAUGUUUAGACUUGUCCACUAACUGAUGUUUUUAUGUGUUAUUAAUUUAAUGAACUAUAUUUAUUGUGAGUAGUUCACAGGAUUCUGCCUUGUGAAGUUGAAUGAAAUAAACAAACAACCAACAGUU